GUGGGAGAUGGCAAGCUUCUUGUCCCUGGGUGCACUGGAACCUCCCGCGCACGGCUGGUAGAACAUGAUGCGCUCCGGUUCUACUCUCCCUAGAUUACAGGGACAGCCGCAGUCCCCAGCUUCCUUGCUGUGUCUUCAUAACCUGGGGCUCUUACACCGAAGGCCUGACUAGAGUCAGUGCGGUGGUCGUAUUAUUAGUUUUCUGCCAGCUGGGACAUGCCCCUCUAGAUGCAGAUCUGAGUCGGACUGCCGGAUGGACACGCGUGAAAUGCCCCAGGUUGGUGGGCGGGGAAGGCAGACUUGAAGCUGGUGCCUCCGGGGCUGCAACGGCCACGGGGGAGGAGGGCAAUUCCGGCAGUCUUCCCAGAAGAAGAAGGCUUAGGCCUUUGAGGAGGGGCGCGUUCUCGCCCACGGUGGAGGGCAGGGAUGGGCGUGCGGAGAAAAGGCGAUAUCCCGCGUGUCCGGCAGGCGCCUGGAGCCUAGCGCGGGUGCAAGGGUGGGGGGUGGUGGACGGUCCCACUGGGCAGCGCGUGCCCGCGCGCUCCCGCAGCCAGCCGCGCCCCCGAGCCGGCGGCUCAUUUGCAUGGGGAGCCCGAGCGGCCAAUGGGCGCGCGCGACCGGGCAUGCCGGGAGCCGGGCUGGGCCCGCCGGCCUUGGCGGCGGUGGCGGGCGGGGCGAGAUGGGACCGGCUCUGUACGGCGACGGCGGCGGCGGCAGCGGCAGUGGCCUGCGAGGUGGCUGAAGCGGCCGGACCAGGACCCGGGCGGCUUCGGGGCUCUCGGGAAUCCGAGAGCGCGCGGCGCGGGCAGUUCGCUGAGCGCCCUGCGGGGAGCCGGGGCCCCAGGCCGACCCGACACGAUGAACUACCUGAACGUGCUGGCCAAAGCCCUCUACGACAAUGUGGCCGAGUCCCCAGAUGAGCUCUCCUUCCGCAAGGGCGACAUCAUGACGGUGCUAGAGCGGGACACGCAGGGCCUAGAUGGCUGGUGGCUCUGCUCGCUGCACGGGCGCCAAGGCAUCGUGCCCGGGAACCGCCUCAAGAUCCUGGUGGGCAUGCAUGACAAGAAGCCCGUGGGGCCCGGCCCCGGCCCGCCCGCCAGCUCGGCCCUGCCUCAGCCCAGCCUCCACCCCCCGGCAGCCCAGUACACACCCAUGCUGCCUGCCACGUACCAGCCCCAGCCGGACAGUGUCUACCUGGUGCCCACCCCCAGCAAGACUCAGCAAGGCCUCUACCAAGCCCCUGGGCCCAGCCCCCAGUUCCAGUCUCCCCCGGCCAAGCAGACAGCCACAUUCUCCAAGCAGAUGCCCCAUCACCCGUUUCCCAGCCCCGCCCCAGACCUUUACCAGGUGCCCCCGGGGCCUGGCAGCCCUGCCCAGGACAUCUACCAGGUGCCGCCUUCCGCUGGGAUAGGACACGACAUCUACCAGGUCCCCCCAUCCAUGGAUGCACGGAGCUGGGAGGGGACGAAGCCACCAGCCAAGGUGGCGGUGUCCACCCGCGUGGGGCAAGGCUAUGUGUUCGAGGCCCCCCAGCCCGAGCAGGACGAGUACGACAUCCCACGCCACCUGCUGGCCGCGGGGCCCCAGGACAUCUACGACGUGCCCCCUGUUCGGGGGCUGCUUCCCAGCCAGUACGGCCAGGAGGUAUAUGACACGCCCCCCAUGGCUGUCAAGGGUCCCAAUGGCCGGGACCCAUCGCUGGACGUGUAUGAUGUGCCCCCCAGUGUGGAGAAGGGCCUGCCGCCGUCCAGCCAUCAUGCGGUGUACGAUGUUCCUCCAUCGGUGAGCAAAGACGUGCCCGACGGCCCACUGCUGCGUGAGGAGACCUAUGACGUGCCCCCCGCCUUCGCCAAGGCCAAGCCCUUUGACCCGACCCGCCACCCGCUGGUGCUCGCCGCACCCCCUCCGGACUCGCCACCAGCUGAGGACGUGUAUGACGUGCCGCCCCCGGCUCCUGACCUCUACGACGUGCCCCCCGGUUUGCGGCGGCCUGGCCCGGGCACCCUCUACGACGUGCCCCGAGAGCGGGUCCUUCCUCCCGAGGCAGCCAACGGCAGCGUGGCCGACGACGGUGUGUACGCGGUGCCCCCCCCUGCCGAGCGAGAGGCCCCGGCCGACACCAAGCGCCUGUCAGCCUCCAGCACGGGCAGCACACGCAGCAGCCAGUCGGCCUCCUCCCUGGAGGCAGCGGUGCCGGGCCGUGAGCCCCUGGAGCUGGAGGUGGCCGUGGAGGCCCUGGCACGGCUACAGCAGGGCGUGAGCGCCACCGUGGCCCACCUCUUGGACCUGGCAGGCAGUGCGGGCGGGUGUGGGGGCUGGCGCAGCACCUCUGAGCCUCAGGAGCCUCCGGCGCAGGACCUGCGGGCUGCCGUGGCCGCCGUCCACGGGGCCGUCCACGAGCUGCUGGAGUUUGCCCGCAGCGCCGUGGGCAAUGCCGCCCACACUUCCGACCGCACGCUGCAUGCCAAGCUUAGCCGGCAACUGCAGAAGAUGGAGGACGUGUACCAGACGCUGGUGGCCCACGGUCAGGCCCUUGACAGUAGCCGGGGAGGCCUGGGGGCCACUCCCGAAGACCUGGACCGCCUGGUGGCCUGCUCGCGGGCUGUGCCCGAGGAUGUCAAGCAGCUGGCCUCCUUCUUGCAUGGCAACGCCUCGCUGCUCUUCAGACGGACCAAGGCCUCUGUCCCAGGGCCUGAGGGGGGUGGCCCCCUGCACCUCAACCCCAUCGACAAGGCCAGCAGCAUCCAGUCCCGGCCCCUGCCCUCACCCCCCAAGUUCACCUCCCAGGACUCGCCUGAUGGGCAGUACGAGAACAGUGAGGGAGGCUGGAUGGAGGAUUACGACUACGUCCACCUGCAGCUGAAGCAGUUUGAACGGCUGGAGCAGGAGGUGUCACGGCCCAUAGACCAUGACCUGGCCAACUGGAUGCCAGCCCAGCCCCUGGCCCCGGGCCGGACGGGCGGCCUGGGGCCCUCGGACCGGCAGCUGCUGCUCUUCUACCUGGAGCAGUGCGAGGCGAACCUGACCACGCUCACCAACGCCGUGGAUGCCUUCUUCACCGCCGUGGCCACCAACCAGCCCCCCAAAAUCUUCGUGGCACACAGCAAGUUUGUCAUCCUCAGCGCCCACAAGCUGGUAUUCAUCGGGGACACACUGUCACGGCAGGCUAAGGCGGCCGACGUCCGCAGCCAGGUGACCCACUACAGCAACCUGCUGUGUGACCUCCUGCGCGGCAUCGUGGCCACCACCAAGGCCGCUGCCCUCCAGUACCCGUCGCCUGCCGCCGCCCAGGACAUGGUGGACAGGGUCAAGGAGCUGGGCCACAGCACCCAGCAGUUCCGCCGGGUCCUGGGCCAGCUGGCAGCUGCCUGAGAGCCGUCAGCCAGAGGGACGGAGGGCAAGGGGAGGAGGGUGGCGAUGGGCCCCAAAGAGCCACUGUGCCGUGGGCGUGGGGACAGGCGACCCCAGCUCCACCCGGGCCUGGUGCCCCAGACUGUACAGGGAGUUGUGUAUAUUUAUGGCGGGGCAGGAUGUGGGACGGUGCCUCCUCAAAGGAGCCCGAGCAGAGCUGGGCCCCGGACCCAGGCCAGGAGUGGCUGGCCGUCCCUCCUGAGCGUGCUGAGGGCCCGGGGGGGGCCCAACAUUCGGGGCUGGGCUGGGGGCUCGCAGACCGCUUGACCCACAUGGCCUCAGGUGACCCCUCGGGCUGACCAUGAGGGUGCCGUGUCCCCCUGGCAGGGCAAGCGUGGCUGUGGUGUAUUCUCUCUGCACCAGGAGAAAACCCUAAAAAACUAUUUUUCAUUAUUGAUUUUCCAAUCAUUUGACUAAUAGUCUACAUUUAAAUAAAAUUAAAAAAAUGAAAAGCA